AUGUUGUUCUUCUCGCAGACACGGCAGCAACUGGAGAAGCUAAAGGUUAGCAAUGGCUUCGCCUCCUCUUAUGGUGUCGCGGCGCAGGCAGUGCUCCAGGGCACCGGACGAGACCCAGACGCGUACCGCAAAGUUGUCGAGUUUGAGAUGGAUACACCUGCCGCGAUGCACGCAAUGAUGGCGACCACGCGGAAGCAGAGCCUCCACCGACCGCUUCGGCGACAAUCGACUGCACGCAUUACCGUAUCUCAGAUUUUGCCGCGUACUGUGGCUCCCAGACACCGCAGCAGAGAUAUCACCGCCACAGGAAACGACUACUUGGCUCGCUUACAGAGCGAGCUAAACGCGUGUGACACAUUUCAGUCGCUGCCGAGUCCCCAGCCGCAAGCUAGCCGGCAACAUCGACGGUCCGCUUCCAUGACGGCGGCGGCGUUACCCUGCCCACGUCGACCCAAGGGCAGGGGCAGCGGCCGCCGUCGACAGCCCUUGAGAAGUACUACACCUUCGCUAGGAGUCACAACGCUAAUAAAGGAAUGGGUAAAGGCGGUGGAGGAGAAGGCGGCGGCGGAGCUGACGAAAGGGUCGGCAGAGGUGUGCAUGAAGAAGUCGCUUUUCAACAUGCCCGCCUUCUGGAUGCUGCCGAGCUGUGCUGGCCAGCAGUCGAUGGACUCGUGCGUAGCGCGGCUUCGCAAGAGCAAAUUCAGACCGAACUCCGCCUCCUCGAUGCCUGACGAACCCUGCGCAGCGGCAGCGGGUGAGGACGUCGCAGAAGAAGCGGCGGCGCAGCCGCCGUGGAGGCGCCGUCUGCUUGCCGAACCGAUUCAGAGCUAUCGCGUGCUGAAGGACGCAGUGGACUCUCCUGUCAAGCCGACACCGUUCUCGCUGGCCCCGCUCGUAGGCUCUGCGCGUAUUCGCCGUGAUAACGUAGAGAGGCAGCGUCAUGGCUUCGAGCAUCAGCGCUUCAAGCUGCAGGGUGAACUGGAAGACAAGCUAGAGUGGCGCAAUCGAUGCCGCUCCGCUUUGCUGCGGCACAGUAGCGCCGAAGACGGAGCUGGUGUCGUGCCCGCCCACUCCCCUUCAACAGCGCCGUGGACGCCGCAAGGUGUCGGACAGAGCACGCUGCACACACCGCUGCUUGCGGAAAUGUUCGGAGGCCCCGCUAAAUCUGCCCCGCGAUCGCAUCAGCUUGUCGCGUCGCCCCACUUGUUUUCGUUAGCGCUCGGUAGUGUCUGGUCUCAACAGGCGGCUCGACAGGCGGUGCAGCAGGAGAAGAUCCGCCUCGCUGCGCUGCUCCAGUCCUUUAUGGUGACGUGCAGCGCUGCCGCGCUGACCCUCGCCGCCAUGGAGGAACUGCGCGCUGAGACAAUUCGACGCGUGUGGCACCCUGAGGAAGAUGCGGGCAGCCACCACGCCAUUCUCCUACAUCGCGAGGCGUUUUUGAAGUUUUUGUGGGGACGCUAUGAAGCGCACACAAGUGGGCUGCUUGGGGCUGUGGACACGGUGCGUCCCAUCGACAUUAUCGACGCGAUACCGUCACAGGCGGAGGCAUCUUUCGCCAGGUACGCCUACGAAAUCCUCCCCACCCCUGUCGUGUAG